UUCGAAAUUGCACCUGGUUUAUUCUACUAUUCUUACUUUCAUUAGUAAAUUGAGACCCGACUGAGUAAAAAAUAGUUGUGUUGUUGUUGUUUUUUACGUCUGCAUCGGCCCUGUGUCCAAGAUAUGGUAGCUGGAGCAGUCGACACAUCACGCGCGUCGCUGGGAGUUCCCUUGCCCCCUAUAGCACGCCCCUCCGUCUUUCGUCCGCGCCUUCCCGGUCGUGCCUCCCAUCUAUUCUCUCGCGCCAUCUCCCGGGGAAAAGAAGCUGAGGGGCGGUGGCGGCGUCGGUGUAACGUUGCUUCGCUGGCCUGUAACCUCAAUGGUCCACAUCUAGACUGAAGACUGACAGUUGGACCCGACAGGACAGGAUUGCAUUCCAUUACCAUGACCACAGAAAAGGGAUUGCCCAUGGAGAUGAAGAGUACCAUGGACGGUGAUGUCAGGAGGACCAAUCAGGAUCAUGACAGUAAGACGUCAGAUGACUAUCAUGGGGACAUGGAUGACAGCUCAGAGAAGACCCCCAGCAAAGCAUCAAAAUCACCCCAGAAAUCUUCCAAACGCCCCAAAACCGUUCCUGUCAAAAUCACCCUACUUGACGGCUCAGAGUAUGAAACUGGAGUAGAGAAAUUUGCCAGGGGGCAGUCCGUGCUGGACAUGGUGUGUGGCCAUCUGAACCUGCUGGAGAGGGACUACUUUGGCCUGACGUUCUAUGACACAGACAACACCAAGAAUUGGCUGGACCCGUCAAAGGAGAUCAAGAAGCAAAUCCGAAUUGGCUCAUGGCAUUUCGGCUUUGCUGUCAAGUUUUAUCCCCCUGACCCAUCUCAGCUCACUGAAGACAUCACCAGGUACUACCUGUGUCUGCAGCUGAGGGACGACAUGCUGUCCUGGCGUCUGCCCUGCUCCUUCGGGACCUACGCCCUGCUAGGUUCUUACACGGUGCAGGCGGAGCUGGGCGACUAUGAGCCAGAGGAACAUGGGCCCGACUACAUCAGUGACUUCCGUUUCGCCCCCAACCAGACGAGGGAGCUAGAGGAGAGGGUGAUGGAGCUUCACCACAACUACAGGGGAAUGAGUCCAGCGGAGGCAGAGGUGAACUUUCUAGAAAAUGCCAAGAAGCUUUCCAUGUAUGGUGUAGACCUGCAUCACGCCAAGGAUUCGGAGGGCAUUGACAUCAUGCUUGGCGUCAGCGCCAACGGACUACUCAUCUACCGUGACCGUCUGAGGAUCAACCGCUUCGCCUGGCCGAAGAUACUCAAAAUCUCCUACAAGAGGAGCAACUUCUACAUCAAAAUACGCCCCGGGGAGUAUGAACAGUUUGAGAGCACCAUCGGCUUCAAGCUGCCCAACCACCGGGCUUCCAAACGCCUGUGGAAGGUCUGCAUUGAACACCACACCUUCUUCAGGUUGGUGUCUCCAGAGCCCCCUCCCAAGGGCUUCCUGGUGAUUGGCUCCAAAUUCCGCUACAGUGGGCGGACCCAGGCCCAGUCGCGUCAGGCCAGUGUGCUGAUCGACCGGCCAGCUCCGCAGUUUGACCGUUCGGUUAGCAAGAGGUACCUGCUGCCCCGCAGUGUGGACGGAGCCUCAGCCCUGGGAGACAGCAUGGACCAGCUGUCCCAGCGCAGCUCCAGUGAUCACACCCAGUUCCUGUCCAGAGAAGACCUGGAACAAGAGGGCAGUCUGGACCUAGACCAGGAUCAGGAUUACCAGGAACAAGACCAGGAGUACCAGGAUCAGGACGAGGAGACUGAUGGUGUUGCCACGUCCGCCAAGACCAUGGAGCUGAAGGGUGAGGAGGCAGGCUCGCCAGUAGACUCAAAGCCUGAGUCGGACCAGGAUCUGGCCACCCCACGCCCCCAACAGGAGCAGCAGUUCCUGGACAAGCCCGAGGAUGUCCUGCAGAAGCACCAGGCCAGCAUCAACGAACUAAAGAGAGCUCUCAGGGAGCCCAACAGCAAGCUGUCACAGAGGGAGAAACGCCUGUCUACAGCCACGCCACCUGGAGGCACCCCAGAGAGGAAACAGGCCUCUGUGGAUUCCAUAUUGACUGAAAAGCAAGAUGGUGCUCGCGGAAGCUCAAAAGAAGAACAGAAUCAGUCCUCUCCCUAUACACUGCACUUAGCUUUUGAUCCCAAGGACACAUGUAUUGGUAUGGUGUCUGAGGAUGUGCAAGUUGGAAAAACAACAGAGAUAAAGCCUAUAACUUCACCUCAGGAAUCUGGAAAAACUAAAGUAGGUGGCACUGGACUGAGAUCCCAAAGACAAGAAACAGUUUCAACUGCAACUGGACAUAAGGAUAUGCACUCCGUGGAUGAUGCAACCUUUGGAAGUGAUACGUAUUCAUAUGACACCUUUUUCUCAAGGAACAGUGUUCAAGAGAAUGGAUUUGAUUCAUCUCCAGCGGAUAAUCUCUAUUCCAAAGAGAGGAUUGAAAUGAAAAGCAAACAGUUGAAGCAGAGUCUGUAUCAGUAUGAAUCGUUCCCAGAGAGAAAAAAUAUUAGCAAUGACCAGGUCGCUAUGGAAUCUGUAAAUAACAGCAACCAAGGUGGAAGUGAGUCUGAAAGAAAGAGGGAGAUGAGAGAACCUGAAGCUCUGGAAACAAAAGAACCAAAGCCCGAGAGAGGAAACUAUUCCAACAAAAUGGGGAGUGCAUCACACUCCAAAGUCACCCGAAUAGUUCCUCUCAAGCCACAGAGAUCAAAGAAGUCUUUGAAUAAAGGGGGGAACAAAGGGGUCAUCAACCCUCAAAUGCAAACCCAAGCUGAAGGAGGCGUGGCCAGAAGAGUAGAUGACACUCGGAUGAUGCAAUCAACAGAGGAACCCUCUGAAACCAGGAAGAGAAUAGGUUUGCCUCCAGCAUGUCCUGAUGCAAAUGACAGCAAGCAAGGGAUGACAACCACCAACCAGCACACAGAGGUCACAAAGCAUCGGCUACCAGAGAAUGAGCUACAAGGGACAGGUGAACACAAGGAGCAGGGGGACAUUAUUGGAUCGAGUUUCUGGACUGACAGUGGAAGACUAAUCCAUGAAGGACAUCCCGAGGCUUACCCAGAUUUUACAGACACCUUUUUCUUUGGCUCAAAGGCUUUGGCCUCCCAUGCAGCUCCCCCUUCAACCCUUCCUCUGAAAACACAGUGGUCCAGGGAGACAAGAGUUCGCAACAGGCAGAAUGUCACCAACGACUCUAGCAACGGCCAUUACAGGAACUCUAGCCAGGAAGCAACCAAGAAGAAACAAGCGGAGACUCCUCCUACACCUGCCAUUCAUGAGGAGCCUUUUGACGAAGCCAUGAGGGAGCCGUGGGAGCGGCGGUUGGGCUCAGUGUCAGAGGACGACCAAGACCACGAGACCCUGUACCUGAAGGAAACCCACCUGGGCAUUGAGCGCAAGUGCUCCAGCAUCACGGUCAGCUCUACGUCCAGCUUGGAGGCCGAGGUGGACUUCACUGUCCUCAUGGACCUCCAUACGGGCAUGGAGGAGUUCUCCAGGGGCAUGAUGGAGCUGGGCGAGAGGCCCAUGUCACCUGACGUGGGCCUCAGCCUGAGCAUCGACCUGCAGGGAAGCCCGCCACCUCUCGUCUCGGCUCCUCUCACCGGGGCUAGCAGCAGCCCUCCUACCAAGCAACUACACACCGAAGAGGUCCGACAUCACGAGCCUGUUGUGCCCAGAAAACCAAAGAGGUCAGUGCCCAUCGACAGAGACCAGUCACAGAAAGAGACCACUUACUCAUCCCCCAUGACGGCACUGAGCAGAGAGGCUAGUGACGUCGUCGCCUCCCAUGCACUAAGGAAGACUGAGGUCAAGGUCGACAGAGACCAGUCACAGAAAGAGACCACUUACGUGUCCCCCAUGACAGCGCUGAGCAGGGAGGCUAGUGAUGUCGUCGCCUCCCAUGCACUAAGGAAGACUGAGGUCAAGAUCGACCGAGACCAGUCACAGAAAGAGACCACUUACGUGUCCCCCAUGACAGCGCUGAGCAGGGAGGCUAGUGAUGUCGUCGCCUCCCAUGCACUGAGGAAGACUGAGGUCAAGGUCGACAGAGACCAGACAGUGAGAGAGACCACUUACGUGUCCCCCAUGACAGCUCUGAGCAGAGAGGCUAGUUGCGUUGUCGCCAGCCAUGCACUGAGGAAGACCGAUGUCAAGGUCGAGACACAGCCCAAUGGGUCAGAGGUCACUACAACCAUCGUGGAGUUUACAGAUCAGGAUCAUGGUGUGACUGUAAGCAGUUUAGGCGAGACUUCUUAUUCAACAACAGAAGGUGUUUCCCCUGUGCACAUGUGUACUUUGGGAAGAGAGGCCUCUGGAUCUCCAAUACUUGUUACUGAGAAUGUUACUUCUGCAACCACGCAUGUCACCAAGACGGUGAAAGGGGGCUAUUCAGAGACCAGAAUUGAGAAGAGGAUCAUAAUCACAGGAGAUGAUGAUGUUGACCAGGAGCAGGCCCUCGCUAUUGCGAUACAGGAAGCCAAGCAACAGCAUCCGGACAUGUUGGUCACCAAGGCAGUAGUUGUCAAGGAAACAGAAUCGUCCACUGAGGAUCCACAUGGGACAUCUUAGUCCUGAUUCCUGGGACAUGAUCGCCCCCCGCAGGAGCAGACCUGUUGGUGCCUGAGCUACCUGAGACUACCACACUACUGUACCACCCUGACCACUGCUAGUGGGGCUCCGAUACACACAGCCACACACACACACACAAGUUUCAAUCCCUCACCCUUCCUACUCUGGCCCACUGGGCCAACCCAUAUACUUCCCUGUUGUCUACCAUAGUAACAGGACUCAUUUAAAUCCAACCCAUAUUUAUGAACCUUUGCUCUGGCGGUGAUAUGGUGAAAUAUACCCUCUUAGAAUCUGAGAGUGAAAUACUUACAUACUCAUCUCUAACAUGUUGGCUCAGCUUUCCCAAACAGUCACAUUACAAGUCAAAAUGUUGAAAACACUUAAUUUUAACUCACUUUACCUGUUGUCUAAUGAUUUUAUUUCCUAUGUCGGAGGUAAUCUGAUACAACAUAUCCAUAGGGGAACGUUAUCAACCCAACCUUCAGUACGCUGGUCUGUAUAUUUCCAUUUUGUAUUUUCAAUACUGACUCAAUUUGCAUGAGACAAACAUUUAAACAAUUUAUCUGAACCUAACCACAGACCGAACGGCAAACACUUCCAGCUGAUUACGAGGAAACGUGCUUCGGUUGACAACGUUUGGUUACAUUCAACUAUUGUUUACAUAUUGUACAUCACGUGAAAUGCAUCACAUGAUUGAAAAUACUCACCGGAAUUACAAGCCGACAUAGCCAUAUACCUACCGGCGCCCCAGAAAGUUGGGCUAAUAGUACUUUCCUGUGGCCAUUUUAUCUCCACUUCCAACCGCCAAAAAGACAACCGGUAAAGUACGUUUAAAUAUCAUUUUAUUCAACAUUCUGUCUGGUAGAGACUAUUGCGUCUUUUUUACAGCGACUUCUUUCAGACUGAUAGCCAUGGAGUAACCAUGGUAACAGUCUGAUAUUUAGACAAGGUGAAAUACAGACAUGGAUGGCUAGAUAUGGAAAUGUCAUAAAUUAUGUCAGUUUUGGUACUAAGAAAUAACAGGUUGAAUGACAAAAUAGUGCCAGAAUUCCACGUUUCACUGCUGGAAAGUUUCAGUCUACAGCUAGUACACGUGUGCACUGGUCUCAACAGAAGCCAAACAACUGGGUUUUGACUAGAUAGGAUAGGAUAAUUAAUGUAGCAGAUUAGGAGAAUUAGGCUAAGGUUAGGUAAAGGGUUAGGGUUAGCUAAAAUUCACAUAAUAAAACUUGUCCCCAGGCUCGAAUUUCUGGAACAUAGAGCCUGGUAACAGUGUGGGACUGUGAAGGGGUGUAGAUUUACUGAGUGACAUGAUAAUCAAUUCAAAUUCUGAGUGAAUCUAACGACUAUGAGAUGUAUUUGUCAUGGUGCACCACGGAAAUAACGAAGUAUUUGUUAUGGUGCACCACGGAAAUAACUCCCCGGAACCCAAGUAGUAGGAACAUACAGCUAGCCAUAGCUUUGUUACACACGAACAGAAAAACAAUACUGGCCCCCGAAUGCAGCACACUUAGGGGGAGGUUCUAAGGGUUGCACUAGAUGGUGAUGGACUGAGAGAUCAGACAAUUAAAACCAGUGGUUGUUUCUCCGCUCCUGUCAUAGGCUUCCAGUCAAGUCCUUUUCUGAGGUGCUCGGAAACCAGACGGUUUGACAGAGAGAGAGCCAGCUGGUGGGCGAGAUUAAUUUGAUUUAAGCUGUAUCCUAUCUAGACCACCAAACUGUUCUCAGCUUUCCUCUGCAUAGUAUCCUCUAAGGAAAUUAAUGGGAAGGUUUUUGCCUGAAUGUCAAGUGGAUCCAAAUCUUAGGAGCUGUUGUCUCUUUGAUGUGCUCAUCCCAUCAUAUCACUGUAGAGUCUCACUGCCAUCACAACCCACACCAAUGCCACACUUGAAGUGCAGGACAUUUUUAUUACAGGGGUACUUAGUAUGAGAUAAUCUGGCAGACUAUAGGACUACAAUGUGGUCCGAAGUCCUACUAAGUAAAUUCCACCCACCAUUCUAGACCUCAGAUCCAACUCUAAUGCCUACUGAGGCCUAGAUUAAAUCUGGACAGCAGAAAAUCGACGCUAAAGCACAAUUGAAAUUUAAAGGCAAUGUUCCCGGAUUCACUGAGACUACAUUAUCUGUAAACGCUGCAAACAGUAUGUCGGCUCAAUUGUAAAUUACCUUUAUAUUUGAAUUGCGCUAUAAUGCGGAUCUUGAUUAAAUCUAGAGUGUGCUUACGUAUCUAGGUAGUUUGUCAAGAGAAAAAAAACGUAUACGUAUCCAUUAGAUGUAGGUCCAGUACUGUUGACGUGCAUGCAGUAAAGCAGGUUUUCAUGAACAGGAAAACCUUCCCUUAGUUUUAUAUACUCGCUAAACCAGCAAAGUCCAUAACUGUGCUUUGGCCCAUUUCUGUAACAGUGAGAAUGGUUAUGGGAAUGCCAGAGGAUACACAGAUUGCAGGAGAUGUGAGAACAGUAGGCUAUUCUGCACCAGCGAGGUCAGUAAAUCGCGGCGCUGGUUUGUUGGCACUAACUCGACGAUGCCAAAUGCGCAGAUGAGUAGAGAAAGGGGCACCACAGCUAACACAGAAAGGUCAAAGUUGAACUUUUCUUCCUGCAAUGGCGCAUCCUCACCAUCAUACAACAGAGGAGAAGAGCUGUUGAAACUAUCUCGGAUAAGUAGGCUUUCUCAAGAUAUCUUGCUUUUUCUUUUACCCACAAUUGGGCCAUUUGGCUGACAUCUUGGCAAACCCUACCUUGAACGCUUGCAAUUGGGCAUUUUUGUUUUAAGAACACAAUUGACGUUACUGUAUUAUGAUGAUGAUGAUGGUUUACUUGUUAUUGAAGUUGAUCUGUGUAGACAUUUGGAUGUAUAUGAAUGGAGUGGUUAUGAACCGCUGAUCUAUAGAAUGUGCCUGUUGGGUAUUUAUAAAAAUUGUGAAAGGAUAAAUUCUGAGCAUGUUGCUGUUCUAAAAUGAUCCAAGGUCAGGUCCCCUUCCAACCGUUAGAGAGACAGUCUCUUUCUGCUGUUAUACUGUGGCUAUCUACAGUAGGAAAUAUUAAGAGAUUCACAUUAGAACCUUAUUAAGUAUGCCAAAUGAGCUACCUUUUAAAUGAAGCAAGUAUUUUAGAUAAUGUUUGCAUGAUAAAGACAUUCAUUAUGAAAUUAAUUUAAACCACUAGAAUACCUACUGUAUAGAUACAGGGUUAUAGUAUUAUACAAAGUAGAAGAGACCUUUAAGGCAGUAUGAAAUAUCACAGUAGCUAGCUACAGUUGAAGUCAGAAGUUUACAUACACUUAGGUUGGAGUCAUUAAAACUUGUUUUUCAACCACUCCACAAAUGUAUUGUUAACAAACUAUAGUUUUGGCAAGUCGGUUUGGACAUCUACUUUGUGCAUGACACAAGUAAUUUUUCCAACAAUUGUUUACAGACAGAUUAUUUCACUUAUAAUUCACUGUAUCACAAUUUCAGUGGGUCAGAUGUUUACAUACACGAAGUUGACUAUGUCUUUAAACAUCUUGGAAAAUUCCAGAAAAUUAUGUCAUGGCUUUAGAAGCUUCUGAUAGGCUAAUUGACAUCAUUUGAGUCAAUUGGAGGUGUACCUGUGGAUGUAUUUCAAGGCCUACCUUCAAACUCAGUGCCUCUUUGCUUGACAUCAUGGGAAAAUCAAGAGAAAUCAGUCAAGACCUCAGAUUAUAUUUUUUUAGACCUCCACAAGUCUGGUUCAUCCUUGGGAGCAAUUUCCAAACGCCUGAAGGUACCACGUUCAUCUGUACAAACAAUAGUAUGCAAGUAUAAACACCAUGGGACCACGCAGCCGUCAUAACGUUCAGGAAGGUGACGCGUUCUGUCUCCUAGAGAUGAAUGUACUUUGGUGCGAAAAGUGCAAAUCAAUCCCAGAACAGCAAAGGACCUAGUGAAGAUGCUGGAGGAAACAGGUACAAAAGUAUCUAUAUCCACAGUAAAACAAGUCCUAUAUCGACAUAACCUGAAAGGCCACUCAGCAAGGAAGAAGCCACUGCACCAAACCUGGCAUAAAAAAGCCAGACUACGGUUUGCAACUGCACAUGGGGACAAAUAUCGUACUUUUUGAGAAAUGUCCUCUGGUCUGAUGAAACAACAAUAUAACUGUUUGGCCAUAAUGACCAUCGUUAUGUUUGCAGGAAAAAGGGGGAAGCUUGCAAGAUGAAGAACACCAUCCCAACCGUGAAGCACGGGGGUGGCAGCAUCAUGUUGUGGGGGUGCUUUGCUGCAGGAGGGACUGGUGCACUUCACAAAAUUGAUGGCAUCAUGAAGGACAAUUAGGACACGAAUGACAAUUAUGUGGAGAUAUUGAAGCAACAUCUCAAGACAUCAGUCAGGAAGUUAAAGCUUGGGCUUUCCAAAUGGACAAUGACCCCAAGCAUACUUCCAAAGUUGAGGCAAAAUGGCUUAAGGACAACAAAGUCAAGGUAUUGGAGUGGCCAUCACAAAGCCCUGACCUCAAUCCCAUAAAAAUAUUGUGGGCAGAACUGAAAAAGCAUGUGCGAGCAAGGAGGCCUACAAACCUGACUCAGUUACACCAGCUCUGUCAGGAGGUAUGGGCCAAAAUUUACCCAACUUAUUGUGGGAAGCUUGUGGAAGGCUACCCGAAAUGUUUGACCCAAGUUAAACAAUUUAAAGGCAAUGCUGCCAAAUACUAAUUUAGUGUAUGGAAACUUCUGACCCACUGGGAAUGUGAUGAAAUAAAUAAAUCAUUCUCACUACUAUUAUUCUGACAUUUCACAUUCUUAAAAUAAAGUGGUGAUCCUAAUUUAUCUAAGACAGGGAAUUUUGACUUGAAUUAAAUGAAUUGUGAAAAACUGAGUUAAAAUGUAUUUGGCUAAGGUGUAUGUAAACUUCCGACUUCAACUGUACAUCAGUAAAUGUACAACAUAGGCUAUGGCUGGGAUUCAAUCCGAGGCACGUUUUAGAGCGAUGUUGACAAUGCGCCCAUUAAAGCUAAAAUUCUUAAUGGUGAAACUGCUACAACAAAUAAGUUACUGCAAACAACAAACACUGUUUUCCCCCUCUGACAUCACUGCACACACGAUAGAACUGUGGUAUAUGUACUGCAUUUGUUUUUCUUGAUGCAUGACGCUCCCCCAGUGCUCCCCACCUCUGCUUCGUCGACAAAACAAAAACAAUAAGCCGUGGGCGGACAGUGGAGCUGUUUCCCCCUAUUGUGGAUUCCAUCCUUAAAGGCAACGUUCCCGAGGAGACCGCAUUGACUGUAGCUGCUGAAAAUGUAUGCUCAAUUGGAAAUUACCUUGAAAUGUCAUGAGUUCCACAAUGCGCCUCAGAUUGAAUCCCGGCCUAGAUGUCAGUGAAAUUAAAAAGUCUGCAUUAUGUCUGUUCUAACUGUAGACUCCAUCUACAGGAAAUUAAACUCUGUAACAGGAAAAAGGAAAUGGAAGGUAUUAUUAGCAUACAGUGUUUUCAAUACAGAAUGCGGGGAGAAAAGAUAACUCAACAAAUUCAGUCAUGAUAACAGAGGGUUUGCCAAUCCCGAGGUCCCACAACAUGUUCACAUUUGGUUGACUCCAUUAAAUAAUAGGAGUGCUGUAAAGUGCUAUCACUGCACUUGAAGGGGCAUACAUAAGGCUCUCCAUCCAUCUACAUACACAUUAAACAACAACUAUCAUGACAUUAGCAAUUGCUAAUGAUUUUUAUCCUGGUGGCGUUUAUGCCAUUUUCAGGGAUGACUUACUGUGUGUUAUAUGGAUUCAAGUUUUAUAUGGACAUUUACCAGGCCUCUUGCAGUGACUAUAUGGCAUUAUAAACAUAAGCCCUUAUUUAUCCUCCUUCAAACAAAGUGUUCCAGUGAUACCUGGUAUCUCAAUCCCUCAUUUGCUUUUGUUGUGUUUUGGUGUGGUUAUAUUUUGAGUGUUUGAGGGAUACUGUGGCCUAUGUUUACUACUGUAUGAAAAGUGUGCUGUGAUAAUGUUUGGUAGUAGUGACACUUCUGUAUUUGUAUGAAGGAACUACUUCCAACAGUUUUGUAAUCGAGAAUAUACUUUAGAUGAACUAUGUGCCAAAAAGCCAACAAGAUGAUGUCACAAACAUGAUAUGGUAAGACUAAUGUAUAUGUCCUGUCAUAGUAUUACUUGUCAGGUACCCUCUUACAACACUAAGCUACUCUGAGUUAAUGCAUUUAGACGAAAAAGCAUAGGUUGAGCUGAAGGUGCAAUGUUAGAUUUAUGACAAGUUAAAGUUGGCUUUGAGACACAUAACUCAACUGUUACCAGGUGUGUGGUGUGUAACUGUUGAAUCACAUUGGACAGCCAAGCUCCGUUUUUGCAUUUAUGUUCGAUAUCUUUUACAUAUCACAGUGUCAAAAUCAAUGUGGGGGUUAGGAGUGGCGAAACCAAUGUCAACAGCCAUGCAUUCCUUUGAACAGUAUUCUGAGGAUUACAUUGGUUUCAGAUAAAUGGCAAUGUUACUACUGUACACUAGAGAGUUUCAAUGAGCUCUAGAUAGCUUGCGGUGCAGUCUGCAUUAAGUGCAUCUAGCAUCAGUUUACCCUACCCAAGUCCUAACCUUAAUCAUGACCUUAGAUCAGUAUCUAAGGGCAACUUCAUCCGACAUGUUGAAGUAACCUGGCAACUUGGACAAGUAAUCAAACCAGCCAUGAUUAAUCAGAGGCGUUGGCGAGACCAUCGCCCUGUGCCGAACCCUGAUCGGAUGACCUCUGGCUGACCUCAGAACCCUCCCAGAUCCCUCAGCUCACCCCUAUCUGUAUAGCCCUCCUCUACUCAGUUCACAUCAUGUUUGCUCUGUGCUGCUCCCCAUUGCUUGGUGCUGUGUCUUUGCUGUACAGUGAACUUGCAUUCCAUACAUUAAUAAACUAAAUGAAAAGAGCAA